AGCUGGACCACAACAAGACGAGGACACCUCAGGACUGCGUGCCGGGGCCCAACAUGGAGGAGGCAGGGGGGUCCCCAGCCCAGACUGAAACCCGAGUGGUCAGUGCCACCUUGACCUGGUGGCAGCGGUCCCCUGGCCAAGAAGAGAUCAGACAUCGUUUCCAUAAGGUGUCUCUGGUGUCCGGGGCCAGCAGGAAUGCGCCCCAGGAGGAGCUGUUGGCAUACAGCCACCGUCGGGAAGAAGUGAACGGCUUUGCUACCCGGGACGAGGAGAGCUCAAGUGAGCCGGGCCCACGGGAAGCAGCCGGCUCGAGAAACUUCCAGAGCCAUGGGCCUAUCUUUUCCAGGAAGUACAUACCGCCCCCCAAGGAGAAAAGGCCAAGUGGGCGGUCGCAGGAGGCUGUGGACCAGAACGACAGCAGCCCCCCGACUUCCAGGCCUGAGUCCUCAAGCUCGGGGACCACAGCCAGAAAUGUGGAACUCUUGGUGCCCCUGCCUGGGCCCCGGGAGCCCAGUCCCCACCCCACGGGCGGCCUCUCCAACGGGAGCUCCCGGAACCUGCGGGUGAUGCGCACGGUGCGGGCCACCACGGUGGUGGGAGGCUCCGUGGACCGCCGGGUGAGCAGCACUGUGACCGUGGGGCCCUCGCUGUCUGCCGAGACCCUGCAGAGGGGCCGCCAUGUGGCCCGCGCUUUCCGCACAGUGGUGGUAAAUCCCACGCCAGAGGGUGGCCCUAGCCGCAGCCAGGCCCUGGAGCUGCUCAAUACCCUGAUGCCUGUCAGCCGCCUCCCCAGACCCACAGCUGCCGCACCCAAGAGCCCAGGCCUGGGUGGCACAGGGAGGAGAGGCAGCCCAGCAACUGCACCCUCUCCACAGAACCAGGACGUGCCUAUAGUCCAACUGGGACCAGAGCAGGGCAGAGCCCCGGAUGCUGAGACCCAUGAGUGUCUCACGGUGCUGGGAACCUCCAGCCCGACUCAGCUCCCUGUGCAGGCUUCUGGCCACAUCCCGGUUCCUUCCUCUCCCAGGCUCCAGACCCAAAGCCCCUCUUCGAGCCUGGUUCACUCUCCAGAGCAGCCUGUGGUGCCCACUCAGCCCGGGGUCCAGCUCUCUCCCCAUGCUUUGCCACCUAUGAACACAGAAGUGUCCACCGAUGCCCCUGUAGCCGCCGUCCCACCCACAGUGAGGAGUGAGAUCAUCAUUAUCCCUGGACAACAUCUUGCCCCGUCCUUGGCAGGAAGCAAGGCUGUGCCCAGCCCAGGAUGUCCUUCUCCCUCUUCCCCAAUUGCUCCGGAUGCCACAGAGGUCCCCAGCCCCUCCCUCCCUCAGGAGUCCCAGGACGCCACAGAGGUCCCCAGCCCCUCCCUCCCUCGGGAGUCCCAGGACGCCACAGAGGUCCCUAGCUUCACCCUCUCUCAGGAGUCCCAGGACACUGCAGAGGUCCCCAGCCCCUCCCUCCCUCGGGAGUCCCAGGACGCCACAGAGGUCCCUAGCCUCACCCUCUCUCAGGAGUCCCAGGACACUGUAGAGGUCCCCAGCCCCUCCCUCCCUCGGGAGUCCCAGGACGCCACAGAGGUCCCUAGCCUCACCCUCUCUCAGGAGUCCCAGGACACUGCAGAGGUCCCCAGCCCCUCCCUCCCUUGGGAGUCCCAGGACGCCACAGAGGUCCCUAGCCUCACCCUCCCUCCGGAGCAGCAGGUCGCCCAGGGUCCUGGGACUCCUGCUGACCCAGCCCCCAGCCAGAAAGAGAUGCUACAGGAUGUUCCCGACACCUCAUCCCCCAAACCCAGCAAGGUGGUUGGGGGUCCCAGUGGGCAGGAGGAGAGUGUGCAAGAUGUUGCAGGCAGCCCUGCCUCCUCCCUCACCAAGGAAGAGACCGAAGUGGACCCAGCAGCCUCUACUACUCCUCGUCCCCAGCAGGAUAAGGCUGGCCUGGGCUCUGAAGGGAGCCCCCUCCCAUCUCCCACAGCAAAAGAGGUUGUCCAGGACUCCGGUGUUUCCGCGGCACCAUUUCCCACCCACACAGAAGCUGUGCAAGACCCUGUUGCUCCCCUUGCCCCAUCUUCCUCUGUGGACAAGGUGACACCCAGCCCAGGUGACACCCCUGGUCCAGUGCCAGUGGAAGCAGAGGUCAGUGUGGAAUCCCAGCCUGUCCCCGAUUCUAUCGAUGGCAAGCCGCCGCUGGAGCUGUUGAGGGAGGAGGAGGAGUUGGCCUUGGCUGCAGACCUGGAGAUUUUCCUGGACACCUUGCGGAGCAUGGAGCCCCCCGAGAUCCUCCGCACCCACCGGCUGCCCCGAGCCCCCCGCGCCUCCUACCUUGCCAUGUAUGCCACGCUCCCUGCCAUCGAAGAGGACCAGCCUGGGCCCUGGGUGCUGGCCCCCAGUCCACAGCAGGUGCCGGUGCUGGAGAAGGACCAGCAAGAGGAAGCGAAAGAGGAGGAGGAGGAACCCGAGAACCCCUACCUGAGUGACGACGAGAAGCUGCAGCUCAAACAGGAAAAAGCCAAGCCUGGACCUUCAUGGGACCUGCGACCCUCCAGGCCCAGCCAGGGCUCCUGUUCGCCUCUGGAGAUGAUGAAAAAGCAUGUAGCAGGUGCCAAGGGCCCCCAGCCUGAGCUGGGGCCAGAAGCUCAGGCCAACAGCAGGCGUACCUCCCGGCUCGGCGGCAGCCUUCUCUUUGGCAAUCUGAUGCCUGCUGCCAAGGAGACCACAACCCCAGAACCACUAGGCACCAAACUAUCCGCUCUGCCACCCCAUGAGGCACCAGGGGUCAGAAAGGUGCUGGGACAGUUACCUCUGCUCUGUAGUGAAAGUCUGUCGGCAGAGAAGACCUCACCUACCCAGGACCCCCAGGGGUGGAGUCCAGCGCUGAAGACCCAGGGCAAGCUGAACACUAGGCCUGGGAAGGUGAUCCUCUUCUCCGAGCCCAGCUGUCAGGGUGACAGCACAGAGGUUUGGGAAGACAUUGCUGACGCUUCUGGCUGGGCCCCUGUGGCCUCCAUCAGGGUGAUUCGAGGCUGCUGGGUGCUAUACGAAGAGCCAGAGUUCCGGGGUCGAAAACUGGUCUUACCUGAAGGUGACAUGGAGCUCAGGGGCCCGGAGCCAGCAUGGAGCACCCAUGGCAUUGGCUCACUAAGGAGGGUAGUCCAGGAUUACCGCACCCCAGAGAUCAGCCUCUUCUCUGAGGAGGGCUUCAAGGGGGAGCAAGUGAAGCUAACGGAGGCUCUGAAGGACACCCAGGGCUUGGAGCAGCCCCUGCAGGUGGCAUCUGCUACUGUCUCCGCAGGACUGUGGCUGCUGUACCCCAAGCCUUUUUUUGAAGAUACCCCUUAUGUCCUGGAGCCCGGCGAGUACCCCACUUUGGAGGCCUGGGGUGCAUCUGACCCAGGCGUGGGCUCGCUGAAGCCUGUAAGACUGGGCUGCCCAAGCGUGGAGAGGCCGGAGGAGCCCAAGGCCGUGGUGUACGAAGCCCCUGGGUUUCAGGGCCGGAGCUGGGAAGUGAGCAGAGACAUCUACAACCUUCAGCAGCCAGAGGACGACCAAAGCCCCCAGCUGGCCUCUGUGGGAUCCCUGCGCAUUCUUGGGGGCUGCUGGGUGGGCUACGAGAAGGAGGGCUUCAGGGGCCACCAGUAUCUGCUGGAAGAGGGAGAGUACGCCGACUGGUCACACUGGGGAGGCUAUGAUGCGCUGCUGACCUCCCUACGGGUCAUCCGGACAGACUUCGGGGAUCCAGCCGUGGUGCUGUUUGAGGCCAUGGACUUCCAGGGGCACGGUGUGGAGGUGAGCACCGCCUUGCCGGAUGUAGAGCUAAAGCGACAUGGCCCCCGCACGCAGGCCAUUCACGUACUCAGCGGCGUGUGGGUGGCCUAUGAGGCGGUGGGCUUCUCCGGGGAGCAGUACGUGCUGGAGAAGGGCGUGUAUCGCAACUGCAACGACUGGGGCGCGGGCAACAGCGCUCUCGCCUCUCUCCAGCCGGUGCUGCAGGUCGGGGAACACGACCUGCACUUUGUCUCCAAGAUCCAGCUCUUCUCCAGCCCUGGCUUUCUGGGCGACCAUAUCUCCCUUGAGGAGGACCAGACCUCUCUGCCUGCAUCCUUCCAGCCCCAGUCCUGCCGUGUGCACGGCGGCAGCUGGAUCCUGUUUGACGAGAAGGACUUCCAGGGGGACCAGCAUGUUCUUUCAGAGGGCGAGUUCCCCACCCUCACGGCCAUGGGCUGCCUGAGCUCCACCGUGCUGGGCUCCCUCCGGAAGGUGCCCCUGCACUUCUCGGAGCCUUCCAUCUUCCUCUACGGCCUCGAGUGCUUUGAGGGGAAGGAGAUCGAGCUCAACAGGGAGGUGCGGAGCCUGCAGGCCGAGGGCUUCAACGACCACGUGCUGUCCGUGCGCAUCCGGGGUGGCGUCUGGGUACUGUGUGAGCACAGCGACUUCCGGGGCCACCAGUGGCUGGUGGGCAGCUGUGAGAUCACCAACUGGCUGACCUACAGUGGCACGCAGAGGGUGGGCUCUCUAUACCCCAUCAAGCAGCGCCGGGCUUACUUCCGCCUGUGGAACGCAGCACUGGGAGGAUUCCUGGCAGUGCCAGACCACGUGGAAGACAUGAAGGCAGGCCGUGUGGUGGUUUCCAAUUCCCGAACUGGAGGCAGCUGCGUUUGGUACUAUGAGGAUGGGCUGCUCAAGAACCAGGUGGCCCCUACUAUGAGCCUGCAGGUGAUCGGGACUCCCAGCCCAGGCUCCAAAGUGGUGCUGUGGUCAGAGAGCCGCAUGCCACGGCAGACCUGGAGCAUAAGUGAUGGGGGCCACAUCUGCAGCCAGAUGUUUGAAGGGCGAGUCCUGGAUGUGAAAGGUGGCCGGGGCUAUGACCGGGACCACGUGGUGCUGUGGGAACCAACCAAGGAAAGGACCUCCCAGACCUGGACACUGCAUAUUCUUUGAGCCUCUCUUCUCCCCUAGCCUGAGAUCGGAUGUGGGGGAAGAAGGGCAGGAAGGUUUUCUGGGAUGAAAUGUUUUUAUAGAAUUUUUGUUGGAAAAUAAGCUAUUUU